ACUAACUCUUUUCUGUAGCUUGUGUGUGGAGGCAGAGGAACCCAGCCCAGCAUUGGCAGUGUUAAUUGCAGUGUGGAAUCCACGCAGCAUCUUGGUGACAGAGGAGGCUGCUGAGAGUUCUGGGCUAACGCUGGACCUUCCAAAGAAGAACAUUUUGCCUUCUUCCUUUGUGCAGGAGGAACAAAGAAGAAAAGAACAAAUGGACUCGCAAUAACCCCCAAGAACACAGGCGCGUUUUCAGACCAGAGUCCUGCUGCCCUUUGACACCUGCUUCAGACAAGAGCUGUGUCUUCUGGACCAGGAGCUUGAUCUGAUUAUGAGUGAGCAGCGGGGCCAUGUGAACAGCCUCUUCUUGAAUGAGGAGUCAGCCAAGCGGCUCAGCUCCAACAACCGGGUGCAGCGCUUCCAACAGGCAGUGCAGGAGCAGGCAGCACGGGCCAAGAAGCGGAUGCACAGCAUCACCAAAGACAGCGCCAAGAGCUUCCUCAGGAGAAAUGCCUUCGUCCUCUUCACCAUCACUGCUGUCCUACUGGGGAUCAUUUUGGCCUUUGCGCUCCGACCCUACAAGAUGACCUAUCGCCAGAUCAAGUAUUUCUCCUUCCCAGGAGAGCUGCUGAUGCGGAUGCUCCAGAUGCUGGUUCUUCCCCUCAUUGUCUCCAGCCUGGUCACGGGCAUGGCCUCGCUGGAUGGCAAAGCGUCUGGGAAGAUGGGGAUGCGGGCCGUAGUCUACUACAUGGUGACCACCAUCAUCGCGGUCUUCAUCGGCAUCCUUAUGGUGAUCAUCAUCCAUCCAGGCAAAGGGUCCAAGGACAAACUGCACCGGGAGGGCAAGAUUGAGCAGGUGCAAACAACUGAUGCCUUCAUGGACCUGGUGAGGAACAUGUUCCCGCCGAACCUAGUAGAAGCCUGCUUCAAACAGUACAAGACGCAAUACAGCACCAGGGUCUUCGCCAGAACCAUCCUCCGCAGCAGCAAUGACACAGCAGGGACCACGGCCAGCUCACAGGCUUCCAUGCCCGAGAAUGUCACCGGCACCCUGGAGAACGUCACACGCACCCUUAGGAGCCUCCAGGAAGUGCUGAGCUUCGAGGAAACCAUCCCUAUCCCCGGCUCUGCCAACGGGGUGAAUGCGCUGGGCCUGGUGGUGUUCUCCGUGUGCUUUGGCCUGGUGAUUGGCAGCCUGAAGCAGAAGGGACGGGCCCUGCAGGAGUUCUUCAACUGCCUCAACGAAGCCAUCAUGAGGCUGGUGGCCAUUAUCAUCUGGUACGCCCCAGUCGGGAUCCUAUUCUUAAUCGCUGGCAAGAUUCUGGAGAUGGACGACUUAGCAGUGAUGGGGGGCCAGCUGGGAAUGUACACGCUCACCGUCAUCGUGGGGUUGCUCAUACACUCCCUGUGUGUCCUGCCGCUGCUGUACUUCAUUGUCACCCACAAGAACCCAUGGGUGUUCAUCACAGGCCUUCUGCAGGCCCUCAUCACCGCACUGGGCACCUCCUCAAGCUCGGCAACGCUCCCCAUUACGUUCAGGUGCUUGGAAGACAACAACGGGGUGGACAAGCGCAUCACCAGGUUCGUUCUGCCCGUAGGCGCGACCAUUAACAUGGAUGGCACAGCUCUAUACGAGGCCCUGGCAGCCAUCUUCAUCGCACAAGUCAACAACUACGAGCUCGACUUCGGGCAAAUCAUCACAAUCAGCAUCACUGCCACUGCAGCCAGCAUUGGAGCGGCAGGCAUCCCCCAGGCAGGCCUGGUGACCAUGAUGAUUGUGCUGACAUCGGUGGGGCUGCCAACUGAGGACAUCACCCUCAUCAUUGCGGUGGACUGGUUUCUGGACCGUCUGAGAACCACCACCAAUGUGCUGGGGGACUCCCUGGGAGCUGGGAUUGUGGAGCACCUGUCUCGGCAUGAGCUGGAUGCACAGGACAGCGAGCUCGGGAAGUCUGUGAUUGAGGAGAAUGCGAAGCCCUACCACCUGAUCUACCAGGCGAACACCCACAAGCACCGCAGCAGUGAGACAAUCAUGUGACGCCAGGGAGCAGGGUUCAGAUUGAGCCUUUAAAAAGGUCAAGACUUUCAGUGGCGGGGGAUGGAGAAAGAGCCAAGCAGAAGCAAACUCUCCUCCCCC